AUGAGAAUCUUCUUGUUGUUUAUUGUUAUCGCGCUGGGUAUGGAUUUUUUGCAAUUUUUAUGGUAUCGGUUUAAUCUUUACCGUUAGUAUCAUUUUUCUGAUGUUUACGUCAUAUCUACGAUGUUUUUGUUAUAGUUGUGGUACUUUUUAUCUUUCGUUUUCACGGUUUGAAACGUUUAUGUAUAUUUUAUAUCUUUUCAAUUUCUUAACUAGCCAGUUAUAGUGUGCACGGUUACUGCUCGCCACCGUCAUCGCAGAAAUCGUCGUUCAGCUCAACGCUUAAUGGAUCAUCCACACCCGACCCAUAAAGACUACAGCCAUGCCUAUGUCAAGUAUAUGUAAGCUUUAUAUUUACUACAUGAAAGAACCUUUCUAUAUUGCGAAUUUUAUUUUAAAAUAUAUUUUAUUAUUUCUAUGCUUUUUUGCUUCUCAAAUGGUGCAUUUUGAUUAUUGCUUUAUGAAAAGAUGGUGGCCUUGUGGCGUAAUGGAUAACGCGUCGGACUUCGGAUCCGAAGAUUGUAGGUUCGAGUCCUGUCAGGGUCGAGUAUCCUUUCUAUAAAGAAAGCUUUUUUAUGUUUGUUAUUAUAGACAAAUGUUGUAAAAAGGAUCCUAAAAAUCUUGUUAUUAACUAAAAUGUCAUUUUUUCAGAAUUAAGAACUACUGCCAGUACGAAAAAUUACCUGAUCAAAAACGCCUUGUUCAAGUUGAGUAAGUCAUUUAGAGUUUCAUUUUUGAUUUUGUAUAGUUAUUUCGGAGCUUUGUUUGAAUUAAUGUCAAAUAUUUACAGUGGAAUUGGUCUGCCAGGGUUUGGUCCAGGAGAAAGUUUCGAUCCGACUGAAGAAGCACUGCACGAGAUUUGUUUGUUGUGGGAGGAAACCGGUCGUCAAUGGAAUCCUAACAGUAAAUUUUCAACCUACUAGUUUUAUUUUCAAUUUUGUUGUCCUAGUUGUAUACAUUUUUAAAUUUUUGAAAAAAAACGUUUUUUGUAUUUAAGUUGAAAAAUGAAAAUAACAUUAUCUUAAUAUGGCGCUAAUUUCGUUUUUUUCAGCCAUGUAUGACGACUGA